AAUUAGCCGCGUGCAGCUUUCGGUUUCGGUUUUGUUUAUAAAGCAGCGCCCAUGCCAAUUGGCCAUUGAAUUGGAAUUUAAUUGUUAUUGUGAAAUUCUAAUAUUUAAAAUUGGCACAAACAUGGCUGUGGUAGAGACUCAACUGGAUCUGAAGGACCUACAGCGCCGCCAACAACAAGUGCGCAAUAUAUGCAUCUUGGCCCAUGUGGAUCAUGGUAAGACGACACUGGCUGAUUCCCUGGUGGCCAGCAAUGGCAUCAUUUCUCAACGUAUGGCCGGCAAAUUGCGUUACAUGGAUAAUCGUGAGGAUGAGCAGGCACGCGGGAUAACUAUGAAGAGCAGCAGCAUUUCCCUUCAUUAUCAUGAUAAUAAGGAUGAAAGUGAUUACCUGAUCAAUCUAAUUGAUUCACCUGGACAUGUGGAUUUCUCCAGCGAAGUUUCAACAGCAGUGCGUCUCUGUGAUGGAGCUAUUGUGGUGGUCGAUGUGGUUGAAGGAGUUGGUCCACAGACAAGAGCCUGCCUCAGGCAAAUCUAUGAGGAACAAUUGAAGCCGGUUCUGGUUCUCAAUAAGCUUGAUCGUUUGAUAUUAGAGAAACAGAUGACUCCCCUUGAUGCCUAUGGACAUUUGCAGCAAUUGCUCGAACAGGUCAAUGCCGUUUUGGGGUCAAUCUUUGCCUCCGACGUUUUGGCCCGUGAGGAUAUCACACAGAAAGAUAACCAAGAGAGCGCUUUGGAGGAUGUAGAUGAUUCUGAAUUGUAUUUUUCUCCCGAACAGGGAAAUGUGAUAUUUUCCUCUGCCUAUGAUGGCUGGGCAUUUGCUAUACAGGAUUUUGCCAAAUUCUAUACGGAUCGCUUGGAAAUCUCUACAUCAGAAUUGAAUAAAGUUCUCUGGGGAGAUUAUUUUUACAAUAGUAAGAAGAAGCAAUGUCUGCCCAAAGCUCAGGAAAAGGCCAAGAAGCCGAUGUUUGUACAAUUUGUCUUGGAUAACAUUUGGGCAAUGUACGAGAUCAUAGCCAUACGGAAAGAUAAAGAUAAAUUGCCGGGCAUAGCCGAGAAAUUGGGCCUUAAAUUGGCAACUAGAGAUCUACGGCUGACGGAUCCAAAAUUGCUUAUUAAAGCCGUAAUGGGUCAAUGGUUGCCCAUAGACAAAAGUGUGCUCCAUAUGGUGGUGGAGCAUGUGCCGCCACCACAUCAAAUUAGCGAAGAACGAGCCCAGAGAUUACUUUAUCCAGCUGGUUUGGAUAUCAAGACACUGCCCACAGAGUCAUUGGAUCUAAAGAAGAGUUUCAAAGACUGCAAGGCAGAGGAUCCGAAUGUUAUAGCCUUUGUGUCCAAAAUGAUGCCGGUGCAUAUAUCCCAUUUGCCACAGAAUCGUCCCAAACGACUCACUGAACAGGAGCUACAGGAUCGCCGAGAUGAGGUAAAACGAAGAAUAGAGGAAAGAAAACAACAGCAGCAGAGUCAAACCGAUCCACAAGUGGAGCUUGAGAAGCUAAGUCAAGGCAUGGUCCAGCUAAACACUAAAGCCAAUGAUGAGACACAAGUAGGAACUGAGACAGCGGAGGCAGCUAGUGAAUAUGUCUUUAUAGCAUUUGCUCGAGUGUUCAGUGGCACUUUGAAACCUGGCAUGGAACUGUUUAAUCUCUCUCCAAAACAUGAUCCUCGUCAGCCCCAGCAUCGGCUGCCAGAUGAAGCACCCUUCGCCUCUAGAGUUGUUCUAGGCAAUUUGUAUAUGUUUAUGGGUGGCGAAUUGGCACUUCUAGAUGAAGUUCCAGCUGGUAAUAUAGUUGGCAUUGCCGGUUUGGACUCGUCCAUUGUCAAGACGGCAACAUUGAGUAGUACAUUGGCUUGCUCAUCUUUCAGUGAACUAAGCAUUAUGGCCACGCCCAUUUUGCGUGUGGCCAUUGAACCGGAGCUUCCCCAAGAUAUGCCCAAACUAAUCAAGGGACUGAAGCUGCUCAAUCAGGCGGAUGCAUGUGUACAGGUUUCAGUUGCCCCAACUGGUGAGCAUGUGAUUACCACUCUGGGUGAAGUGCAUGUGGAGAAAUGUGUUCAUGAUCUGGAGCAGAGCUAUGCCAAAUGCAAAGUCAAUGUCUCCAAGCCGAUUGUGUCCUUUAGAGAGACCAUUGUGCCAGCUGCCACCAUAGAUAUGGUCAAUGAAGUCAUAGUAAAGACGGCAGAGGACAAGGAUGUGGGUAAGAAGAUAGCUAUCCAACAGACGCUCAAUAAAAUGGGCCAACUGCGUAUGCUAGCUGUUCCCCUGCCAAGUAAAGCUGUGGAACUGCUCGAGACCUAUGCGGAUUUCUUUAAGGAACUUUCACUUACCCAGCGUCGCCAGGAAUUGCUCUCGGAAAAGUCAUCCUCACGUUUGGCUAGCAUUAAGAUUCAGUUAAUUGCUGCUCUGGAGGAUCUCGAGCUAUUUGGCUUUACGUCUCUAGAGCCAAAUGAACUGGUUGAACGUGUCUGGUGUUUGGGUCCCAGAAAUUGUGGCUCCAAUAUAUUACUCAAUUUAACUGAUUAUCAACAACCUGAUUUCUGGUCUGAUGGCACUUCAUCCUCGUCCUCGGUCUCCUCUGUGGAUAUACGAAAAGAUUUCAGUAGCUCUCUUAUCAAUGGCUUUCAAUUGACCACAGCGGCAGGACCACUGUGUGAAGAGCCCAUGCAGGGUGUUUGCUUUGCCUUACUCGAAUGGUCCUUGUCCACAGCCAAUCAUGAGGAAUUGAAUUCUCGUGGUCCUUUCUCUGGACAAGUAUUGACUGCCGCCAAGGAGGUAACGCGUCAAGCCUUUCAGAAUCAGCCACAGCGUUUGGUUACUCCAAUGUAUAGCUGCAGCAUAGUGGUUAAUGCUGAAAUGUUAGGCAAAAUGUAUGCGGUAAUUGGACGCAGACAUGGCAAAAUCUUAUCCGGUGACCUCACCCAAGGCAGUGGGAACUUUGCUGUAACCUGCCUCUUGCCCGUCAUUGAAUCAUUCAACUUUGCCCAGGAGAUGCGCAAACAAACAUCUGGCCUGGCCUGUCCGCAGUUGAUGUUCAGUCAUUGGGAGGUGAUUGAUAUAGAUCCCUUCUGGUUGCCCACAACCGAAGAGGAAUUGAUGCACUUUGGCGAGAAGGCCGACUCAGCCAAUCGGGCCAAACUCUAUAUGGACAGUGUACGUCGACGCAAAGGACUCUUUGUCGAUGAGCAAGUGGUGGAACACGCUGAAAAGCAAAGGACUCUAUCCAAAAACAAAUAGAAUGCGGUUUGCCAAAAGUGACAUGGUUUUUUUUUAUUUCAACUUAGCUUAAAAUAGUCAAAAUUUAUGGUAUAAUAAAAUAAAUA